AUGGCCCAUGUUUCGUUCAAAAGCAAAGAUGUGGACGGCGGUAUGUCCCGAUGGUCUGAGUAUCUAAGUGUUGAAGAACCAAUUCCUUCGGCAUUGGCAACCUGGAGGAACAUGGGUGUUGAUGGGCCGCAAGGCUCUUCUGCCGGUGGCCACAAACAUCUUCAGAUGGAGCCGGUGGUUCAGCUGUCAAAGGUUGCAGAAGGCUUGCUGGCCAAAAUAUAUCGGCUGAACAGCAUCCUGGACUAUCCAGAUCCAAACACGCACACGUUCUCAGAUUCAUUUUGGAAAGCUGGUGUCUUUCCAAAUUUCCCAAAAAUUUGCAUCACGAUGUCAAAAAAGUUUCCUGAGCAUCCAAACAAGCUGCAGCUGGAAAGGGUAGAUAAGUUUGCUCUUGAUGCUUUAAACGAGAAUGCUGAAGGUUACAUGCACAAUCUUGAGCAGUGGAUCCUGUUGCUUCUUGAUUUGCUGGCAUUUCGUGAACAAGCUUUGCGACUUAUUUUGGAUUUGAGCAGCACGGUCAUAACAUUGCUGCCACACCAGAACUCUUUAAUUCUUCAUGCUUUUAUGGAUCUGUUCUGUUCAUUUGUCCGAGUGAAUCUUUUCUCUGACAAGAUGCCAAGAAAGAUGAUCCUCCAGGUUUACAACAUCUUGCACAUAAUGCUAAAGGAUGGUCGUGAUUUUGAGUUUUAUCACCGAUUGGUUCAAUUUGUGGAUUCUUAUGAUCCACCUAUCAAGGGGUUGCAUGAAGAUCUUAAUUUUGUGAGCCCAAGAAUUGGAGAGGUCCUGGAAGCUGUUGGCCCAAUUAUCUUUCUUUCAACUGAUACAAAGAAGUUAAGGAACGAAGGUUUCCUCAGUCCAUUUCAUCCACGUUAUCCAGACAUCCUAACAAAUUCCGCCCACCCAAUGAGGGCCCAAGACUUGGCUAAUGUCACAUCAUACCGUGAGUGGGUUCUUCUAGGAUAUCUUGUUUGUCCUGAUGAACUACUUAGGGUUACCAGUAUAGAUGUUGCCAUGGUUGUUCUGAAAGAGAACUUAAUACUUCCUCUGUUCAGAGAUGAGUACAUCUUACUUCAUGAAAAUUAUCAACUUUACGUUCUUCCAAAAGUUCUAGAAUCAAAGAGAAUGGCUAAAUCUGGCGAACUAAGCAAAAGGAAGCUGAUCUGGAGUACAAUGUUGCAAAGCAGGGAAGUGCAUGAGCAAGCGCUAGUGUCAUGCGAUGCUAUGCAUCGUGAAAGGAGAAUUCUUCUUAAGCAGGAAAUUGGAAGGAUGGUUUUAUUUUUCACAGAUCAACCUAGCCUCCUAGCACCUAAUAUUCAGAUGGUCUUUUCUGCUCUUGCUUUGUCUCAAUGCGAGGUGAUUUGGUACUUCCAACAUGUGGGGGUUGCAGCAUCAAAAUCUACUCGAGUGAAAACUGUUGACAUUGAUGCGACAGACCCAACUAUUGGUUUCUUACUAGAUGGAAUAGGCAAACUUUGUUGCCUGGUUCGUAAAUACAUAGCAGCAAUAAAAGGUUAUGCAUUAUCAUAUUUGUCAUCCAGUGCUGGAAGAAUACGGUUCUUGCUUGGUACUCCAGGAAUGGUUGCUCUUGACCUAGAUGCAACACUGAAGGGCCUUUUUCAGCAAGUCCUCCAUUGUCUGGAGAACAUUCCAAAACCUCAGGGGGAAAGUGUUCCUGCCAUUACCGCUGACUUGACUGAUUUGCGUAAGCACUGGCUCUCCAUUUUGAUGAUAGUCACGUCUUCACGAUCCUCGAUAAACAUUAAGCACUUGGAGAAGGCUACUGUGUCUACUGGGAAGGAAGGUUUAGUGUCAGAAGGCAAUGCUGCAUAUAAUUGGUCAAGAUGUGUGGAUGAACUUGAGAGCCAACUCUCCAAACAUGGAAGCCUUAAAAAACUCUACUUUUAUCAUCAGCAUCUUACCACAGUCUUCAGAAAUACAAUGUUUGGCCCAGAAGGUCGUCCACAGCAUUGUUGUGCUUGGCUUGGAGCAGCUUGCAGUUUUCCAGAAUGUGCUUCUGCAAUUAUUCCUGAAGAGGUUAACAAAAUUGGCAGAGAUUCUAUCUCUUAUGUGGAGUCCCUUAUUGAGUCUAUCAUGGGUGGAUUGGAAGGUUUGAUAAAUAUUCUAGAUUCAGAAGGUGGAUUUGGCUCAUUAGAGAUGCAGCUUUCCCCAGAGCAAGCAGCUCUUCGCUUAAAUAGCACAACAAGAGCAAAAGGUGUUUCAAGCUUGUUAACUCCAGGACAUGAGAGCUAUCCUGAUAAUAGUUCAUCAAUUAAGAUGCUGGAAGCUGCUAUGCAAAGGCUGACAAGUUUGUGUUCUGUUCUAAAUGACAUGGAGCCUAUUUGUGUUCUCAACCAUGUUUUUGUUCUACGUGAGUACAUGAGAGACUGCAUCGUAGGAAAUUUCAGGAGAAGAUUUCAUAGUAUGAUUAGAACUGAGAACUGCAUUCAGCGACCAUCAAUCAUAGAAUCUCUUCUAAGAAGACAUCUGGGCAUCAUCCAUCUAGCAGAGCAGCAUAUUAGUAUGGACCUUACUGAAGGCAUACGUGAAGUGCUGCUAGCAGAGAGUUAUACUGGUCCAUUUCCUAAUCUGCAAAUGUUUGAGACUCCAGUGGGGACACAAGGAGGGGAUCUGCUGUUGAGACGAUAUGCAAUUGAUAAAAUGGAUAAGAUGCUAAGGGAGCAUACAUCUGCGCUUUUAAAUUGUAUUGAUUCAGCAUUGAGGUCACAUCGUGAUGCCCUAGAGGGCCUAGCUGGAAGUGUAAAUUCUGGCGAUAGGAUUGAAAGGGAUGCGAAUCUGAAGCAAAUUAUUGAUCUUGAAACAUUGACUGACCUCUGUAUUCAAGCAGGGCAGGCAAUAACUUUCCGUCGACUGUUGGUUGAGGCUGUUGGAGCAGUCCUUGAAGAGAAAGUACCUCUCAUAUAUUCUCUGCUCAAAGGAUUAGCCUUGCAGUUGCCAGACGAGGUACCUGAUAAAAAUGAGAUAAUUAGAUUGAGAAAGGUUGCAAGCAGUGUUGGUGUUGGUGACAAACAUGAUGCUGAGUGGGUACACUCAAUUCUGGCAGAAGCUGUUGCAGCUAAUGAUAAUUCUUGGAUCCUACUUCCAUACCUUUGUGCUGCAUUUAUGGUGUCCAACAUUUGGAAUGGUGCUGUUUAUGAUGUCAGUAUAGGUGGAUUCAAUAACAAUUUGCACUGCCUAGCAAGGUGUGUAAGUGCUGUGGUUGGGGGAAGCGAAUACACUAGGGUCGAAAGGGAGCAGCGAAUAAAUUCUCUUUCAAAUGGGCAUACAGAUGAGCUGCAAGAGGCUGAGUUACCAAGCCGUGUCUCAGCAGAAGCGAAUAUUAAAUCUUCUAUGCAGAUCUAUGUCAAAUUGUCUGCAGGGAUCGUCCUGGAUUCAUGGAACGACACUAGAAGGCCACACAUCGUUCCAAAGCUGAUAUUCCUGGAUCAACUCUGCGAGCUGUCCCCCUACCUCCCAAGGAGCACCUUAGAAGUUCACAUACCAUACACCAUCCUGCGCUCAAUAUACCACCAGCUAUACGGAGCCUCACUGAUGGCCUCGGAACCGAUGGAGCAAUCCCCAAGGCAGUCACCUCUGAUCUCUCUAGCGCACACGUCCCCGUCCACAAGGCAAAAUCGACCGGAGACAACUCCCAGGUCUCACACCUUCGAGCCAAGCUACUACAGCUCGUCGGGGUCCCAGCACGAUGAUGGCUACGAUGCGGAUAGGAGGACCGGACAGCUGCGGAGCAUGAGACGCUCCGGACCUCUCGACUUCAGUGCGAGCAGGAAGGUGAAGUUCGUCGAGGGCUCAAGCUCCGGGAGCAGCCAUGGUGCUGGCUCGCUUCAGAGAUUCGCAGUGUCGAGAUCUGGCCCUCUAUCAUACAAAUAG